AUGGCAAGGAGGACGAGUAGGGGUAGGCAAAAGAUUGAAAUGAAGUAUGUCGAGUCAAAAGAAGCACGCUAUGUUACCUUCUCAAAAAGAAAAGCGAGCUUGUUCAGGAAAGCAGAGGAGUUUUCCACUGUGACGGGAGCAGACAUUGGUGUUCUGCUCUUUUCACCAAGUGGAAAACCGUGUUCCUAUACCUCCACUAGUGUUGAAAAAAUAACAGAAAAAUUUCGUGAAUGGAAACAACAGAAUGCUGAUGAGGGAAAAUUAAGUGUCUUUCAGGCAUUUGAUGAUCUCUGCAAAGAUAUACAAGAUGAGAACGAGAAGGGAAAAAGUCGGGAAUUAAGGUAUAAGGUGAUGUACCCUGGCGCUGAAAUACCGCCUGAUAAAGAAAGGUUGGAGAAGUUGGUGGAAAUGAAGCUGCGGUUGGACAAAAUUAAUGAAGCAGCAAAAAAUCACAUUCGGGUCGAGCGACUCAAGAUUGAUUUAAAUGUUGUCCCUGAAUAUGAAGUGGGGGAGAGUUCGGGAACUCAUCAUUAA